AUGUCACUUCCAGGUGACGUCAUCCUGUCGGGGCCUGCACUUCCGGACAUCGGGAGCCCCCCUGCCAGCCUCGAUAGGCCAGAGGAGCUUCCUGCAGGAGGAGAAACAAUCGAAGACAAGGCCAAGCCAGCUGGGAAGUUUGGUAACCCCAAUCUCCCUCGGAAGGAUGAGAACUCGCCAGCGAACUUCUGGGAUUCCAAGAAUCGAGGUGUGACGGGGACACAGAAAGGGCAAAUCGUCUGGCGAAUUGAACCUGGCCCUUAUUUUAUGGAACCCGAAAUAAAGAUCUGCUUCAAAUACUACCAUGGAAUAAGCGGUGCCCUGCGAGCAACAACUCCGUGCAUCACUGUGAAGAACCCUGCUGUGAUGGUAAGCGUGUUUAUUAACGCCCCGCCUACCUCACAGGGUCAGGGCUCUUCUUAUGUUCUUAAUCUUAGUUUGAGAGAUCUUAGAGCAGUCGGGCUUAAAAAGGGGAUGUUCUUCAAUCCUGACCCUUACUUAAAGAUGUCCAUCCAGCCUGGGAAAAAGAGCACCUUCCCGACAUUUGCCCACCACGGUCAGGAACGACGCUCCACCAUCAUCAGUAACACAACGAAUCCUAUUUGGCACAGAGAGAAAUAUUCUUUUGUAGCGCUUCUCACGGAUGUCUUGGAAAUUGAGAUCAAAGACAAAUUUGCCAAGAGUCGGCCUAUCAUCAAGCGCUUUCUCGGGAAACUCACGAUUCCAGUCCAGAGGCUGUUGGAAAGGAAUGCAAUUGGAGACCAGACUCUCAGCUAUAACCUUGGCAGGAGGCUUCCAGCUGACCACGUCAGUGGCUAUCUCCAGUUCAAAGUAGAGAUCACCUCUUCCGUUCACGAAGAUGCUUCGCCGGAAACAGUGGGAACUUUGCUAGGAGUCAACCCUGUCAACGGAGACUUGGGGAGCCCUUCGGACGAGGAGGACGCCCCCGCUGGGCAUCACGAGGUGCCUCCGGUUUGCCUGAACGGCCCCCUGUUCGAGGAGUCCGCCGGAGAGGGAACCCCACGGCAUUCCCUGCGGACUAGCACCACUCUGGAAACGGAUCAGGAGGAUUUGACCUCUACGGCUUCGCAGUCGUCACCGCCCAGAGGCCGCCAGGACUCGCUGAACGACUACCUGGAUUCUAUUGAGCAAAGUAGUCAUUGUAGGGCCGGGACUUCCGCUUGCAAUGAGCGUGCCGUUGGGGCAUCCCCAAAAUUAAGGAGUAGCUUCCCUACCGAUACUAGACUCAAUGCCAUGCUUCACAUAGACUCUGAUGAAGAGGAGCAUGAAUUCCACCAGGGUUUGGGAUUCCAGUCCUCCCUGGACGAUGACGGCGGAUUAGUUAUGCUGGACGGUGCUAACAGAAAUGCCGAAGGAGAUUGUCUAAAUUGUUCACCAAGCCAGGUAGCACAAAGCCAAGGCCCUGAGGAAGAUGGAGGAGCACCGGAAGCAGAAACCUCCUCGCCUCCUUCCAAUAGCCAGCAAGAGCCCCUUCCAGUGCCUCCGGAGCCAGAGGUGGCCAUAGAAGAAACUGAAUCUCUUCAACGUCCUCCAGAUGAUGAGCCAGCAGAUCUGGUUGGAGCUGAAGCUUGUGCACCUCAGGAGGCGGAACAGUCUGCCGCCGGCUCAGACGCGGGGGCUUCUGAGUCUCCUCCCGGAAGCAGAAGAAGCAUCAGGGAAGCCGAGUCUAUCGACCAGGGGUCGGAGCCGUCCCAGGUCUCGUCAGAAACCGAGCCGAGCGAUCCUGCUCGCACGGAAAGCGUGAGCGAAUCGAGCACUCGGCCGGAAGGAGAGAGCGACGCGGAAGGGGCGGACGGCUCGUGCAACGAAGCCGCCACUCCCCGACUCUCCUCGGUGGACACUCAGUGCUCUUCCUUUGAAAGCGCCCGGUUUUCGGAGACCCCGGCCUUCUCUUCCCAGGAGGAGGAAGAAGGGGCUUGUGCAGUGGACACCGCCAGCAGCGCACCUGCUUUGGAAACACAGGACAUCAUAUGCACCCAGGCCUCCCUGCCCUCGGUACAUAUCCCAAGCGCUGAAGAGGAAAGGCAGUCGGCUGAAAUGGGGGGACUCCAAGAUAUUCACGAGGCUGAAGAAAUCUGGCAGAGGAGGAGGAGCCUGCAGGCUGCGGCCGCACGUAGCCAAUCACAGGAGGAGGAGGCCGGAGGGGCGCAGGCAGCUUGCGAGGGGGCCGCUUCAGAGGCUGAUGGAGCUAGCGGAGGCUCCCAAAGCAAUGACCAUCAGCCUCUGAGAUCACUUCCCUCGGUUCGCCAGGACGUUAGUCGCUAUCAGAGAGUGGAUGAGGCCUUGCCCCCAAAUUGGGAAGCACGCAUUGACAGUCACGGGAGGAUAUUCUACGUGGACCACGUGAACAGAACCACUACGUGGCAGCGGCCGACGGCGCCCCCAGCUCCCCAGCUCCUCCAGCGUUCCAACUCUAUACAGCAAAUGGAGCAGUUGAACCGCCGGUGAGAAUUACUCAAAUCGGUUGUGUGUGUGUGUGACGAUUCGAUGCGUGCCUUAGAUUUCCGCAGGGAGAACGUGCUUCCUCAUUCUACCUCUCGAUCCCGGCUGACUCUUCUGCUCCAGUCUCCCCCCGUGAAAUUCCUGACCAGCCCAGAGUUCUUCACAGUGCUGCAUUCUAACCCUAGUGCCUACCGCAUGUUUACAAACAAUACGUGUCUGAAGCACAUGAUCACCAAAGUCCGACGGGAUACCCACCACUUUGAGCGCUAUCAGCACAACCGCGAUUUGGUGGGCUUUCUGAACAUGUUCGCCAACAAGCAGCUGGAGUUGCCGAGGGGCUGGGAAAUGAAGCACGAUCAUCAGGGCAAGGCUUUCUUUGUCGACCACAACUCCCGCACCACCACCUUCAUCGACCCUCGGCUUCCUCUUCAGAGCAGCCGGCCAACGAGCGUGUUGGUCCACCGGCAGCAUUUGACGCGACAGCGCAGCCACAGUGCCGGUGAGGUCGGCGAGGACGCCCGCCAUUCCGGACCCCCAGUUCUGCCAAGGCCAUCGAGUACGUUCAAUACAGUCAACAGGGCUCAGUACCAGGACAUGGUUCCUGUGGCGUACAAUGACAAGAUCGUUGCAUUUCUGCGACAACCCAAUAUCUUCGAAAUUCUACAGGAGCGACAGCCAGACCUUACCAGGAAUCAUUCACUCAGGGAGAAGAUCCAGUUUAUACGGACGGAAGGAACCCCGGGGCUGGUCCGCUUAUCCAGCGACGCAGACCUUGUCAUGUUACUAAGUUUAUUUGAAGAAGAAAUCAUGUCGUAUGUGCCGCCGCAUGCCUUACUCCAUCCCAGUUAUUGCCAGUCGCCACGAGGGUCCCCGGUGUCCUCGCCGCAGAACUCUCCAGGGACUCAGCGUGCCAACGCCCGGGCUCCGGCUCCUUACAAAAGAGAUUUCGAAGCCAAGCUGAGGAAUUUCUACCGGAAACUGGAGACGAAAGGAUACGGGCAGGGGCCCGGGAAAUUAAAAUUAAUUAUCAGGAGAGACCACUUGCUAGAAGAUGCCUUCAACCAAAUCAUGGGCUACUCGAGAAAGGACUUGCAAAGGAACAAGCUGUACGUCACCUUUGUCGGAGAGGAAGGGCUGGAUUACAGCGGACCCUCGAGGGAGUUUUUUUUCCUGGUAUCCAGAGAGCUCUUCAACCCGUAUUAUGGCCUAUUUGAAUAUUCUGCCAACGAUACUUACACUGUACAAAUAAGUCCCAUGUCUGCUUUUGUGGACAAUCACCAUGAAUGGUUCCGGUUUAGUGGCCGAAUCCUCGGUCUCGCUCUGAUUCAUCAGUAUUUGUUAGAUGCCUUCUUCACGCGCCCGUUUUAUAAAGCCCUGCUCAGAAUACUGUGUGACCUGAGCGACCUGGAAUACCUUGACGAGGAGUUCCACCAGAGUUUGCAGUGGAUGAAAGACAACGACAUACAUGACAUCCUCGAUCUCACCUUCACUGUAAAUGAAGAAGUCUUUGGACAGAUAACCGAGCGGGAACUGAAGCCCGGGGGUGCCAACAUCCCUGUGACGGAAAAGAACAAAAAGGAGUACAUCGAGAGGAUGGUGAAAUGGCGGAUUGAGAGGGGGGUCGUGCAGCAGACGGAGAGUCUCGUGCGUGGCUUCUACGAGGUCGUUGACGCCAGGCUGGUUUCCGUGUUUGACGCGAGAGAGUUGGAGCUGGUUAUUGCUGGCACGGCAGAAAUCGACUUGAGCGACUGGCGAAACAACACCGAGUACAGAGGAGGCUACCACGACAAUCACAUCGUCAUCCGAUGGUUUUGGGCCGCUGUAGAAAGAUUCAACAACGAACAGCGGCUGAGGCUGCUACAGUUUGUCACAGGCACGUCUAGCAUACCUUACGAAGGUUUUGCGUCUCUGAGAGGGAGCAACGGACCAAGAAGAUUCUGUGUCGAAAAAUGGGGGAAAAUCACUGCUUUGCCCAGGGCUCACACUUGUUUCAAUCGUCUGGACCUCCCCCCUUACCCGUCAUUCUCCAUGCUGUACGAGAAGUUGCUGACGGCCGUGGAAGAGACGAGCACGUUUGGACUCGAGUGAAAGAAGGACGUUUGGACCGGUGAAACAAGCACAUUUGGACUCAAGCGCUCAGCUCCUCGGGCCUGUAUGGAUCCUCAAAGAAUACACGAAUGUUCGGAUGGCAUUUCCUAAAGGGAAACCUGUUUUUGCAUUGAAGUUUAAGGCUUGAUGAACGAGCAACACGAGCUCAGGGAGGCUCAGCAAAAGCCACUUGAGUGCUCUAAAGCCAAGGUAUUCAGAGAAAACCAACAAUCCAGCAAUUGACCUCUCUCUCUCUUUUUUUUUUGUUCGUUUUUUCUGACCACCGAACUUUUACACAUUUGUGAUUCCUAGGAAGAACAAAAAGGAGAUGUGACACGGGAUCAGCAGCGUCAGGGCUACUGCGAAAAUUUUACCCUCUCAAAAAUGGAUCCCCCACACACAAGGACUUGAAAAGGGAUGAAGGCGAACGUUUAUCAGCCCACCACUAAACUGUAGAAAGCCAAGUGCAAAAAUACUGGCGUUUUCUAUUUCGUUGUUAAUCCGGUAGAACUAAUUCCCCCCAAGGGUACACUACUUGACAUCAUAUACAAUACAAAUAGUACCAAUAUGCUGUACAUGUUAGACCUAAAGCUUAUGGGUGCCUGCAUGUGGCGCACCGUAGAGAUCAAUUUUCCAGGGCUUAUGAAGAAUACCGAGGACCGUUGGAGACAUGGGGUGGCGACCGGGUGGCGGCUCGUACAAAUGCAUACGCAGACAGUGUGUUCCAUGAGAGAUAAACUGCUAUAAGAGAAUCUAAUAACGAUGGGUUUUAUGCUUUAUACUGCAUGGAGAGUGUUUUUUAAAAAUGAAAAAAACCAACCUUAGACUUAAA